UGGGCGGAUCCAGGCUCUCCGUCAGGUGGGAGGAGUCUACCUGCCCACAGGUGAUUUCAUUCAGCCUGACUGCAGGAGCUGCAGACCUGAGGUUCAGAGGACGUCAUGCUGCUCCAGCUCCUUCUGCUGCUCUUGUUGGCUGAAGCCAUGAGGAACGUGAACUCUGGUCCUUUGAAAGGAGCCAAAAAAGUUUCACACUCCAAAGAAGAGCUGAAGAAGCAGCACGACCCCGAGACCCUGGAAGAGAUGCUGAAUGAAGAUUAUGCUUUGGUGGAGGGAGACAUUCUGCUGAAGAACAGCAGGAACGUGGUGGGGAACCGCUGGCCGAUGCUGUCCAUCCCGUAUGACAUCAGCCCAGAAAUCAACGGUCGGACCCGUGACAUCCUGGCUGCCAUGGCGAUGGUGUCGGAUCACACCUGCCUGUCUUUCCACAGGAGGAACGACAGCCAGCACGACUACAUUUUCUUCAAAAUCGGCCACGGAUGUGCGUCCUAUGUGGGCUUCCGGGGCGGGGCGCAGAACGUGUUCGUGGCGCCCGAGUGCUCGGUGGGGAACAUCGCCCACGAGAUCCUGCACACGCUGGGCUUCCAGCACGAACACACCCGGAUGGACCGCGAGAAGUACAUCACCAUCCUCACCCAAAACAUCAUAUCCGGGAUGGAGAACAACUUCCAGACGUAUAACGGAGAGACGUUCAACCUGCAGUACGACUACGCCUCCAUCAUGCACUACGGCCGGAAAUUCUUCUCCUCUAACGGAGAGCCCACCAUCGUCCCGAACAAAGACGUGGAGGACAUGGGCCAGAGGACCAGGCUGACGCCGUCCGACAUCCAGAGGGUUCUGCUUCUGUACGGCUGCGAUUCCCUGAAAGAAAAGAGCUGAUCGUGCAGUUCGUGGAUCCACCUGCAGGCGGCGCCGCAGCACCAGUUUUAAAUCCACUCGGAGCUUGAGUGGAGUUGAUGCCGAUCAAUUAAAGUCACUUUUAGACACUUGA